AUGCCGCGCACACUCUUCGCUCUACCCACGGAAACCCACUCUUCCUGGCUAGACGUCUUCCCGCCAUCACCUGGCUCUUCCCCACCACCCAAACGCACACCCCACGCAACUCCCCAAAUGUUGUCUCGUAUUCACGCCCUCAAAGACUCCCUCUCCAUCAUCAGACUAUCGUUAAAUACACGCAUACACAUGUCCCUCUCGCACAAACAUCACGGCUUCUACUGCGUUCACUGCACCCCUCGUGCUACUCACGGAGCCUGCGGUCCAACGUGCCCUUUGCUACGCCCACAAAAGUCCUACGGCCCCUUUUUCGACGUCGCAGAUGAAGACUGGUACAGACAACUCGCAUCUGAUAAAGCAAAGUACAGGGAAAUCACGGAUGAUAUGGCGGCACGGGGAACGACCGUGUACGCGAGUACUGUUGCGCGGUGGGAGAGGGCGGUAGCGAAAUUGAGAAAGGGGGUUGAGAUGCCGAGCGAAUAUUGGGAGAGCGAGGGGUGGCGGUAUGUUAAGAUUGUAGACAAGAGGAAGAGGAUAGAGUUCACAAGGGGGUGGAGCUUCGAAGGGGCUUGGGGGAGUGGGCCUGGGUUGGAAGGGGAGGUGGCGCCUGAGGUUGUUGGAAAACAUUGCAAAACGAGUUAA